AUGUCGUUGCCGCCGCCGCUGAGUAUGCCAGGGCAGGCCAUGUCCCACGGCGGCUUUGUGUAUAUGCCUGCAUUUAUCAGCGAGGCCGAAGAAACGCAAUUGCUGGCCAAGAUAGACACUGCGCCUAAAACACGGUGGAAGCAGCUAGCACACCGUCGAUUGCAAAUGUGGGGCGGUACACUCACAGAGCGCACUGGUACGCUCAUCCCAGAACCACUGCCACCGUGGAUGACGGCGUACCCUGCCCUUGUCGAAAGAUUGGCUGCAAGUGGUGCCUUUCGAGAAAGCUCGCACCAAGCACCAAACCACUGCCUUGUCAACGACUACUUCCCUGGCCAAGGGAUCUUACCGCACACGGAUGGGCCUGCGUAUGAUCCUGUUGUCGCAACGAUCAGUCUCGGUGGCCAUACCGUCCUUGACAUCUACGAGCAUACGCCUGACAAGCCGACACCAGCGCAGCCCUCGUUCGUGAUCGUGCAAGAGCCACGAAGUUUGUUGAUUACGUACGGGGAAGCGUACACACGCUUCAAGCACGGAAUUGCCGAGCGGGUUCACGAUACACCCGAAGAUCGCGUACAUGUCCUCAACGCAUCUCAUUUGUCGGGCGUGUACGCGGAUCCGCAAGCGACAUGGACACGCGAGCGACGUGUGAGCUUGACGUUUCGUGAUGUAGCCCGUGUUCACAAAGGUUUGAUGCUACGACCGUGA